CGACGCUCCCUCGUCCCCCCCCCCCCCAAAUAGAGUUGAGCCUUGUCGGCCUUCCUUCACUGUUGAGCAUUCACCAGAGUUCCUCACACUUUCUCUCUCCUCUCCUUCUCUCAAUCCAAAUUCCUUCCGCAGAAUAUCGAGUGAAUAGUAUAUACUCUGUGAUAAUGAGGGGAAGAAGCUACAGCCCUUCACCGCCGCCUAGAGGUGGCUACAGCAGAAGAGGACGCAGCCCAAGCCCCAGGGGACGCUACACUGGCCGUGGAAGGGAUCCUUCCACUAGUUUGCUUGUUCGAAAUCUCCGUCAUGAUUGCAGACCAGAAGAUCUCCGCAGGCCAUUUGGUCAGUUUGGUCCUCUCAAGGACAUUUACUUGCCUAGGGAUUAUUACACUGGAGCACCUCGGGGAUUUGGUUUCGUGCAAUAUGUGGACCCUGCAGAUGCUGCUGAUGCAAAACAUCGUAUGGAUGGCCAGGUUUUUCAAGGUCGUGAAUUGACAGUUGUGUUUGCUGAGGAGAAUAGGAAGAAGCCAACUGAGAUGAGAGUAAGGGAACGGACAAGUAGUAGGGGUCGAAAUGACAGAAGACGUUCUUCUGCUCGUUAUUCCCGUUCACCGAGAGAUUCUCGUUCUCCGCCUCCACGUCAUGCCAGGUCCAGGUCCCGUAGCCGUGAUGACUACUCACCUUCUCCCAAAAGAAGACAAUACUCAAGGUCUGUUUCCCGUUCACCCAAAAAUGGAAAGCCGAGUCGAGAGAGGUCCUAUUCCCGUGAAAGCCGAGGUAGAUCAUAUUCCCGUUCACCACAAUCUCCAAAACAUGCUCGAAGUCGUAGCAGGAGCAGAAGCAGAAGUCCAGUAGUGAGUCCUAGCCGAAACAAAAGCAGGAGCCCAUAUCCUGAAGACCAUGUGCCCAAGGAGCUUCCGAACAGAGAGAGAUCUCCCAGUCAGUAAGGUUCAGUUCUAGUUGGAUGGGUACUUUCCCGUGUUUGCCAGUCUUAUUGACAACUUCUGUUAAGGGGCACAACCUGAACUUAGAAAUGAUGCUGUAGUGCAGUAGUUGUAGACUUUUUAGUAGUAGUAGUUGCUUGCAACAAUGUCUCCCUAAAUUAAAAUUUUACGACAUUUCAUUUCAUUUCAUUUCAUCCCCUUGAUAGGGAUUUGCAGGUUUCUUAUGCUCUGUUUAUGGGGCUAAACAUAUUAUGCUAGAAAUUUGUGUUUGAUGGUAUUGUAAACUUGUUGUAAUGGGUGAGGUUUGAAACCUGAGAUUUGAAAUUUGAAGUUGGAUUCGGGAAA